AUUCUCUAGCAAAACAACACACACGUCCAAUUUCUUCAACAUCUAAUCUUCAAUACUACUAAAUCUACCAUGUCGCAAGAAAAGAAAGUUGUAGAAAAGAUUUCCGGUUGGCUCCGAAUAUUCGACGACGGCUCGGUGGACCGGACCUGGACCGGUCCGCCCACGGUCAAGUUCAUGAUGGAUCCCGUGCCGCCCCACGACGACUUCAUAGACGGCGUCGCCAUCGCCGACGCCACCACCGACUCCGGCCUCAAAGUCCGCAUCUACCUACCCGAAAAGAAACCCGACGACCCCGAAAAGCUCAGCCUCCUCGUCCACUUCCACGGCGGCGGCUUCUGCCUCAGCGACGCCGACUGGUUCAUGUACUACACCGUCUACACGCGCCUGGCGCGGGAGGCACGCUCCAUCGUGGUCUCGCCCUACCUCCGCCAGGCCCCCGAGCACCGCCUCCCCGCCGCCUGCGACGAUGGCUUCUCCGCCCUCGAGUGGCUCUCCCGGGGCGAGCCCCGCCACCCCUGGAUCGAUGGCGCCGCCGACUUCGGCCGGAUUUUCCUCAUCGGAGACAGCUCCGGCGGGAAUAUCGCCCACCAGGUGGCGGCGCGUGCGAGGGACGCGGGGGUGAAGCUGGCCGGGGCGGUGCUGAUGCACACGGACUUCUGCCGGACGCAGCGGAGCAAGUCGGAGAUGGAGAAGGCGGAGACGCCGUUUCUGACGCCGGAGAUGAUGGACAAGAUGCUGGAGAUGGCGCUGCCGGAGGGUGCCACGAAGGAGCACCCGAUCACGUGCCCGAUGGGGGAGGCGGCGCCGCCGCUGGAGACGGUGAGGCUGCCGCCGUAUCUGUACUGCAUGGCGGAUCAUGAUCUGGUGAGGGAUAGGGAGAUGGAGUUCUAUGAAGCGAUGAAGAAGGCUGGAAAAGAGAUUGAGCUGUUUACGAGCCACGACGUCGGCCAUAGUUUCUACCUAAACAAGAUCGCCGUCGAUUCCGAUCCCAAAGUGGCGGAGGAGACUCGGAAGCUGUUUGAAGUGAUUAUUUGCUUUAUCAACACCCAUUGACUUUUCUUGUCCGUUUGUCUUCUUGUUUUUGUUGUUUGCUUGCUUUCUCUGUGUGGUUUGUUUGGUGUUGCUUUUUAUAAUGGGUGCAUGCCUUAUGCAUGCCUGUAUUUUCAUGAUCAUGUUAUUAUGAAUGUUUGUUUUUAUGUUA